AUUCCCAGCUGGUUGGGAAUAGGCACUUCGUUUAUCAUAAUCAUAAUAAUUCCUAACUUCUUUUAUGAAAACUUUCGCCCAUACUAGACUCCAUCGGACUUGUGGCUGUGGAAAAAAUGUCAACUAACUUAUCUGAUGGGCCAACAGAACAAGAUGAACCUGCUGUUGCUAAAUAUGACAAGCAAACCCUGUUUGCAGUUUUGCAAUUUUUACAAAAGCACAACUUAAAGGAAACAGAACAGUUGCUGAAGCAAGAAGCAAAAGUCAACGAUGAUGAUCUGAGAGAUGAAAAUGACAAAAAAGCUGAAGUAUCUCAAGCAUUAGCUGCAGUGUACAAAAGUGAUGAUGAUCCAAGCUUGUAUGAGGACCUCUACAAAGAUUUAAAAACAUUUAUAGAUUCCUGUCUUGAUGUUCAUAAGGUUGAACUUUCAACAAUUUUGUAUCCAAUUUUCGUUCACAUGUAUUUGGAAUUGGUAUACAACAAUCAUGAAUGGAAUGCUGCAGAAUUUUAUGCUAAAUUUUGGCAAGAUCAAGAUGAGUAUUAUCAUGAAGAUCUGUCUAGAUUGGCUUGUGUAAGAAAAAAGGAACAUAUGAAUGGAAACCAACUGCUGGAGAGUUUCAAGACUAGCAAGUUUGUGAUACGUAUGUCUCGAGAUUCAUACACCCAUCUGAAGCGUCAUUUUCAAGAAAAAAGACUGUCUCCUUUGUUAAACAUUAUUCAAGAUCAUCUUUUUAUUGAUGUAUUUGAUGGUGUUCCUCGAACUCAACAACAGAUACAAGCAACAUAUGGUGGAAUCUUAGGUGAAGCAGAAAAAGAUGUAAACAAAGCAAAAGUGUUUUAUGGUUUAUUGAAAGAGCCUGAUGUCAACAUAACAUUAGAUGAAGAGGAAGAGGCACAGGAAGGGGAUGAAAAGCCUAAGAAGAAAAAAUCUAAAAAAGAUCCAUCUUUAAUGAAGAAGUCAAAGAAUGACCCUAAUGCUCCUCCUGUGACCAGAAUUCCCUUACCAGAACUGAAAGAUCAAGAUUUUAGAGAAAGAGCGAUAGCACUUAGGGACGCAAAAAAAAGAGUUAAACUUGAUUCUAAUCAUUUACCAUCUGUUUGUUUCUACACUUUUCUAAAUUCUUAUCAAGGAGUGACAAGUGUGGAUGUAUCAGAUGAUACAAGCUUAUUAGCAGCCGGUUUUUCUGAUGGCAAUGUCCGAGUGUGGUCACUUACUCCAAAUAGGUUAAGGGAGAUGAAAGAUCCUGAGGACCUUGACAAUAUUGAUAAAGAAGCUGAUGAUGUCAUGGAAAGAAUAUUUGAUGACAAGACUGCAUCAGAUAAUAAACUUUUAAUUGGUCACAAAGGUGCUGUGUUUGCAGUUAGUUUUAGUCCUGAUAGAGCUUACCUGUUGUCAUCAUCAGAUGAUGGAACAAUUCGACUAUGGAGUCUUCUUAUUUGGACCAAUUUAGUUUGCUACAAAGGUCACAACUUUCCUGUUUGGGAUGUCAAGUUCAGUUCACAUGGGUAUUAUUUUGCUUCAGCUGGUCAUGAUAGGACAGCUAGAGUUUGGGCCACAGACCAUUACCAGCCAGUCAGAAUAUUUGCUGGACAUUUAUCUGAUGUUGAUUGUUGUCAGUUUCAUCCCAAUUCCAAUUAUGUUGCAACUGGAUCCAGUGAUAAAACAGUUAGGCUAUGGGACAUGUUAAAUGGUAGCUGUGUGCGAGUUAUGACUGGACACAAGAACACAGUUCACUGCUUGCAGUUUAGUCCAGAUGGAAGAUAUUUAGCUGGCGGUGGAGCAGACAGGCUAGUUCUUGUUUGGGAUCUAGCAUCAGGGGCUGUUGUGGCUGUUUUGAAAGGUCACACCAAUAUUGUGUGCUGUCUUUGUUUUAGUAGAGAUGGCACAAUGUUGGCUUCUGGUGGUCUUGAUGACAGUAUUAGACUUUGGGACAUGCAGAAAAUUUUUUCUGAACAAGACACAGAAACAGAUACAAGUAUUCCUAGUAAUGUUACAAUAAAUGACAGUCCAUCGUUGUUACUAGCUACAUUUUUUACCAAAACAACAACAGUUAUGGCUCUUCACUUUACUAGACGAAACCUUCUUAUUGGAUGUGGACCUUUCAUAUCCACCUCCUAGCAUUUGUUUUUUUUUUAGAUGUGUGCAUACAGUUCAUUAGGAAUUUUGAAUGAUCUUUCCAUUCUUUGUUACUGAUAUUUUUAAUGAUUAAAUUUAUGUUAGAAACUAAAUAUUUGCUAGAAACUAAUUAUUACUUAACACCAUAGCAUAGUUGGAGUUUAAAAUAGUGAAUAAAAGUUUUGUUUCUAAAAGCCAA